AUGGAAUCUGAUGAUUCAGUCUUUGAUGAUGAGAUAACAGACACUGCUAUCGAGUGUUUAUUAAAAACUAACGAUAAGCUGAGGGGACGCGUACAACAUGAUUUAGAAGGCAAUGUAGCGCCCUUAGGUGAGGAUGCAAACAUCCAGAAUUUGAAGAAGAAGAGUCUCCCACAGCAUACACACCAUUUCAUAGACUACAGCGCUUUGAAGACUUACAUUUAUCCUACUAAUUUUGAAAUUAGAGACUAUCAGUACAACAUUGUUCAACGGUCGUUUUAUGACAAUUUAUUAGUAGCAUUACCAACAGGAUUGGGUAAAACCUUCAUAGCAUCUACAGUAAUGUUGAACUUUUCACGGUGGUUUCCUAGAUCAAAGAUUAUUUUUAUGGCACCAACAAAACCAUUAGUAGCACAACAAAUUAAAGCAUGUUGCGAAAUAACUGGUAUUUCAAGUUCUAAAGUUGCAAUUUUACUUGACAAAACCAGGAAAAAUAGGGAAGAGAUAUGGGAAUCUAAGAGCGUAUUUUUCACGACACCACAAGUGGUAGAAAAUGAUCUCGCUUCAGGGGCGGUUGACCCUAUGUCCAUUGCUUUAGUGGUUAUCGAUGAAGCUCAUAGAUCGAAAGGAAAUUACGCGUACAGCAACGUGGUUAAAUUCAUUUUGCGGUUUAAUACAUCUUUUAGGGUACUUGCUCUAACAGCUACUCCUGCUUCAGAUGUUGAGGGCGUUCAAGAGGUCAUCGAUAACCUUCUAAUUUCGAAGGUAGAAGUUAGGACAGAAAAUAGUAUAGAUAUUAUUAAGCAUUUAAAGCAUAAGAAAGUCACAAGAGUUAAUGUUGAACCAUCUGACAAGAUCAAAGAAUAUGUUGAAUUACUAUGUGCUGCUAUAGUUCCAAUUUUGAAAAUUGCAAAUGAGAGGAAGAUAUAUGAUUUGAAGGAUGCUCUGAAAAUUAACGCUUUUCAAUGUAUGGAGGCCUCACAAAAAAUUAUCAAAAAUCCUACCAUCCCAGAGGGUCUUAAGUGGUCAAACUACUUUAUCUUGCAGUUGCUAGGGGUUGUGGGCCAAUGUUUUAGAAGAUUAAAUAUUUAUGGCUCAAAAUCAUUUUACAACUACUUUAAAGAAAAGUACGUAGAGUUCACAACAAAAUAUGAGAAUAAAAAAUCAACGAACAAGCUAAAUGCACAAUUCUACUAUAGUGAGCCCAUUAAGAAACUUCUUGUACUCGCUGAGAAAGAUUCACAAGAGCUUAACUCUUGGGGCCAUCCUAAGACAGGGCUUUUAAUCAAUGAACUUCAGUCAUUUUUCCUUAAUUCACAGCAGAUAGAUUCCAGAGUUAUAAUUUUCACAGAAUUUAGAGAUUCGGCUUUAGAAAUCGUAAGUGCAAUUGAAUCUAUUGGUGGCCCUUUAAAGCCACAUAUCUUUAUCGGCCAAGCAAAGGAGAAAGAUAAAUUUGACGAGAGUAAAUACUUAAAAAAGAAAAAGAAGUCAAAGGCAGCUUCAAACGAGAAAAAACAUAAUGAUAAAUUGAGGUCGACUGUUAGAACCAGUUCAGAAGAUGCUCAGGCUAAGGGAAUGAAUCAGAAACUUCAAAAGGAAAUCAUAAAGAAGUUUAAAAAUGGUAUUUUCAAUGUCUUAGUCGCAACAUCUAUUGGAGAAGAAGGGCUAGACAUAGGUGAAGUUGAUAUGGUUGUCUGUUAUGACUCUACAAGUUCUCCUAUAAAGAAUGUUCAAAGAAUGGGCCGUACAGGAAGGAAAAGAGAUGGAAAAGUGUUACUACUAUUUUCAAGUAACGAGGAGUCAAAAUUUGAUAAAGCCAUGGGUGGCUACGAAUACAUACAACAGCAUAUUAUGAAUGGAAAUCUUAUUUCUCUUCAUGAAAGGAAUAGAAUUGUACCUAAAAAUAUAACCCCAGUUGUAGACAUGAGGUUCAUUGAUAUUCCAGAUGAGAAUGUGGAAAUAAGAUCUGUUGAUGAUACUGACGAAAUUAUUAAAAUUACUGCGUCUUACAUGACACAGGGAAAACCUAGACAAACUACUAAAGCUAAAAAGCGGGAAAAGAAAUUUUUCAUGCCAAAAGGCGUAGAAACAGGGUUUCGGAGUGUUUCUGCAAUGAUAAAGGAAUGCAGUGAAAACCAACUUAAAAAAGUAUAUGAAGAAGAUGAUGAUGACAUCUUAAGCCAUAUUGUAAAUUGUGUCUCAGGAGACGAGGAUGAUGAUAUAAGUAAAACACACUCAGAUCUGGCCCCUCAACUCAAACAGGAUACUGAUCUUAGGGCUUCAAAAACGUUGAAUAAUAAACAAAGAACAUCAGUGGAACGUGACGACUCUUCAAGUCAAUCAAAUAAAUUCAAGGGAGCUAACUCAUAUAUUUGUGAGACGACACCCCCCAAAUCGAAGGAAGCAUCUUUACCUUUGGAGGUGAAAAAUGCCAUUGAAAAUUCAGGAUACUGUAGUCGAUAUAUGACACCGGAGAAACUGUCACAACAAGCUUCAGACGUUGAAGAAGAUAUUAAAUGCUCUUAUACUGAGUCAAAGGUUGUGCCUUCUUUGAAUUCUCCCAAAGAAUAUGAUGUUACUCACAAUCGACAUGGUGCAACUUUAGGAACCAGAAAACGACCAAUUAAACAAGAAACAAAACAGCUGAAGGUGCUCAAGGUAGAGUCAAUCUAUAACAGUGAAGUGGAUCCAUUACCUAAGUCUGAUUUUGAUAACAGCAAAUCCCCGGAGAUGCUAGAAGAUGAUAACGUUUUUAAUGACGGACUUGAUGAGGAGCUUUCUCGCGCUGUAUUAUCGAAAACUUCUAGAAUAUCCAAUGCUGAUCGAUUUUUAAAUCUGGAUGACAUUCUAUUUGAGCCUUCAAAUGAUCCUCGUAGUGGAUUUCUAAACGAUGAACAGCUCAUGGAGCUCUACUCCUGUUAUUUUGCAACUUUGGAUCCAACUGAAAAAGUAGAGUUUUAUGAUCCUCUCGAGAUAAAAGAUAAAAAGGCAACGAUAAAUUACAAGGGGCGAUUGGCAUUUGGUAAAGUCGCAGAGUCAUUGAUUAAGACUGCAAAAUUUAUGUGUUCAGUGUCAAAUAAUGAAGCGAUGAAAUUGACCGAUAUGUAUUCUAAAAUAAAUCGAUCGAACAAAAAGGUAAUCCCGUUGGGUGAAAUCGUGGUUCCUGAUGCUACUAUAGACAAUAAUAUAUGA